AUGGAGUUCCUUCUAUUCUUCCUCUUCUUCUUCUUUGUAUCGGCCCAGGUUGCUCCUUAUGGCCAGUGCGGCGGGGAGGACUAUUCAGGCUCAACCACCUGUGAGGCCGGCUGGGUCUGUCAAUAUCAGAAUGAAUGGUAUAGCCAGUGUGUAGCUUCUACCGCUUCUUCUUCCACUUCUUCUACUUCUUCCACUUCUUCUACUUCUUCCACUUCUUCUUCCUCUUCUACUUCUUCCACUUCUACUUCUUCUACUUCUACUUCUUCUACUACUAGUUCUAAGACUAGUACUACUUCUACUACUGGUACUGGUACUUCUUCUACUGCAUUCCCCUCUGUGAAUGGCCUCAAUUUCACGAUCGAUGGAAAGACAAGCUAUUACGCCGGCACAAACGCCUACUGGAUGGGCUUUCUGACGGACGAUGCCGACGUUGACCUGGUGAUGAACCACUUGAAUGAAUCUGGCCUGCGCAUCCUCCGUGUCUGGGGCUUCAACGAUGUCAACACCGUCCCGUCGUCAGGCACAGUCUACUACCAAUUACUUACCAAUGGCACGGCAACAGUCAAUACAGGCGCCGACGGCUUGCAGCGUCUGGACGCGGUGGUGGCCGCCGCCGAGACAUACGACGUGAAGCUGAUCAUCAACUUUGUGAACAACUGGUCUGAUUACGGCGGAAUGGCCGCUUAUGUGACGGCGUUCGGGGGCACGCAGACAGGCUGGUACACCGAUACUGCCAUCCAAGCCGCGUACCAGAACUACAUCUCGGCCGUGAUCUCGCGGUACAUCGACUCGUCGGCGAUCUUCGCCUGGGAGCUGGCCAACGAGCCUCGCUGCCAGGGCUGCGACACCUCCGUGAUCACCGACUGGGUGGUGACGACGAGCGCGUACAUCAAGUCGCUCGACUCCAAGCAUAUGGUGUGCAUCGGCGACGAAGGGUUCGGGCUCACCACCGACUCGGACGGCAGCUAUCCGUACACAGACGGCGAGGGGCUGAACUUCACCGUGAAUCUGGCCAUCGACACGAUCGACUUUGGCACCUUCCAUCUCUACCCUGACAGCUGGGAUGAGACCGAUGCCUGGGGCGACGGUUGGAUCACAGCGCAUGGCGCCGCGUGUGUGGCAGCGGGCAAACCCUGUCUGUUGGAAGAGUACGGCGUCACGGCCAACCAGUGCGCCAUCGAGGCGCCCUGGCAGCGGACAGCGCUCGACACAAGCGGAGUUUCAGGCGAUCUGUUCUGGCAGUAUGGCGAUACGCUCAGUACGGGCGAGUCGCCGGAUGAUGGGAAUACCAUCUACUAUGGCUCCUCGGAGUUUACCUGUUUGGUGACCGAUCAUGUUGAGGCCAUCUAG